UAUGCUAAAGUUAGCACUAUGUGUUAUCAUCUUCGCCUAUGCUAGUAGUAAUUGACAGAUGUUUUGUAUAAUUUAUUGAAAACUGGUAACUCUAAAAGCCUUUUAACAAACCAAAAAUAAAAUGGGAAUAUAAUAAUAGAGUUAAAUGCAAUAUUUUUGUUUUCAAAAUGAUUUAUAGUUUACUAGAUUUGAGUGUAUCUAACUAUUAUACAAUUCUGCAAACUUAAAUUUCAUCCUAAAAUAAUAAGGCAUAAUAGAAAGUUCAAAAUUCGAAGAAAGAACGAUGCAUGGUGUAAAUAUAACCAUAUACAUAUGAUAUAUAAAUAAACGAAUACAAGAUGGUACAUGAUACAUACUAUCAAACAAACUAAGCCAACUAGCUUAAGUCACUUGCUCAAUACAUUUUAUCAGUCUCUCUGUAAAAAAAGAAACACAAUGCCAAGAACCAUGUGGAAAGACUUCCAUCUUUGUUUCCCAACAAAUUUCAUCAAGCCCUCCUCCGACGCCGCCGCCUCCUCCCAAGAACCGAACCGGCCAUCCAUUCUUCUCAUCAACAACUUCAACCAACUUUACGACGAUUCCACAGCCACCGGCCACCGCAUAUCUAAGCCUAUUAUUGAAGUCAUUCCACCUUCCUCCAUUACAACCGCCACGACAUUCACUGCCUCCACCUCCACCUCAACCACCGGUAACUCUUCCUCCUCCUCCUCCUUGUAUGAGUCUGAUAAUUACGGUUUUGCCCCUGAAGACUCUCCCACUUUGGACUUAACCGCCGUUCUUGCCUCACGUCGCUUCUUCUUCUCUUCCCCUGGCCGCUCCAACUCAAUCACCGAUUCUCCGGAUCUCCGUCCCCGGUUUGAAUACAAAACUUCCACUACUACUACUGCUGCUACUACGCUUCUAACCGGGGGAGCCGCCGUGAAACAAUGCGUGCAAUCUCCUGAUCCUUACAACGACUUCCGCAGAUCAAUGCAAGAGAUGCUUGACGCCGUUACAGACGCAGGAGAUGCUCGCCGUUACGAGUUCUUGCACGAGCUGUUACUUAGUUACCUCUCAUUGAAUGCAGAAGAUACACAUAAGUUCAUUAUCAGAGCUUUCGCCGACGUUCUCGUAUCUCUCUUAUCUGACGGUCACCGGACUAAUUGACGUGGCAAAUCCCCAUGCUGCGUAAAAAAAUAGUCAUGUUUUGGGAUUAGCGCUUUAGGAUUAAAAAAUAGGUAUAUCAAAUGUAAUAAUUGUAUAAUGAUACGAGAAAAUCGAGAGAGGCGUGAGGUUUUGUCUCGAUCGCAUGCAGUUAGAUUGCUUUUUAUUUUGUUUUGUUUUUACCUUCUUAAAUAAAUGGUAAAAUUUGAUUGAGGCUAGCUAGCUUUUUUUCUUUUAACUUUUUAUAUUAUUCAAUUUUUUAAGGAGAAUUAAUUGAUAUUUAUUCAUCAAUCCAAACUUACAUUUCCUUCAACACAGAUUGUAAAAUACAUGAAACGGAGGAACCUCAACUU